GGCACCAAGUGUCUAAAUGCCAAGGUUAUACACAAACCGGAAAGGCGCGGGCUCGUGAGUCGGCGGUGGAAGGGGGGAUAGAUAGAUCGAAGAAUGUAUAUAUCUGAUUGUUGUUCGGAUAGGUAAUUGAGGGUGUUCUUUCGCAUUGGCUGUUUGUCAUCGUUGUCGUCGCUAAUUUCUAUUCAAUAUGUCGUCCGGCACGGAGUCUUAUAUCAUCGUUGGAGCUGGUAUCUUCGGCGUAUCGACAGCUUACCAUCUCAUCACAAAAUACCCCAACGCAUCAAUCACCCUCGUUGAUCGGGAUGCGUUUGACGCUGAGUCACGCGUAGCUGCUUCAUGGGACUGGAACAAGGUCGUGCGGGCAGACUAUGAUGACAUUGUCUACUGUGAGCUCGCUCUCGAGGCUCAAGAUAUCUUCAAAUCCGAUCCCUUAUGGAAGCCAUAUUUCCAUGAGACUGGUCUUUUGUGGACAUGUCGCGAUGACUAUGCCAAGGAGGUCAUUGAGAACUAUAAGCGUCUUGGGCGCAAAGCUGAUAUCAAGGCUGUAUCCAUCGAGGAGGCGAAGAAGUUGUAUGGCGGACUCCUCGACAACGCUGACUACACGGGGGUUAAGGAGGUGCUCGUGAACCCAACCGGUGGUUGGGGCGCUGCUGGAGAUUCUUUGCGCGCAAUUACUCGCAAGGCAAUGGACCUAGGUGUUAAGUAUGAGGUAGCUGAAGUUGCUACAUUGCUCCUCAGUAAAAGUGGAAAAUGUUCUGGCAUCCGGACAAAGGGCGGGAAGGACUUGACAGCAACACAUACCAUCAUCGCCGCUGGCGCUUUCACCCCAACGUUGCUAGAGUACAGUGCCGUCAGCAGUGGCCUGCCCAACAUCGCAGCCGGAUUCAGACUAGUUGCUGGUGGUAUCACGACUGGAAUGCACAAGUUAGAUGACAAGUCACAUGCGAUAUACGGUUCCAUGCCGGUGGCUUUUCAGGGGUACAAUCUUGAGUUAGGACCCUUCCUCGGUUCUCUGCCGCCCACCCCAGAUGGCAGGGAGAUGAAGUGGUGGGGACAGACAAUCUUCAAAAAUACCAGGGAAAUUUUGCCUGGUCACUUUGUCUCAUCUCCACCUCCAAAGCCUGACUACGCUCAGUGGGAGGUGUCUCCGAGACUCAAGGACGACAUCAAGCAUGCAAACUACGCAUUUUAUGGCAAGAAGACUGCGCAUUGGGAUUUAACAAAACAUCGCAUUUGCUGGGAUGCCUUCACCACAAGCGGAGACUUCAUCAUUUCUCCACACUCUGCUGCGAAGGGAUUAUACAUCGCAACUGGUGGCUCGUUCCACGGUUACAAAUUCUUCCCCGUGAUAGGGAAGUAUAUUGUUCAGAUGCUCGAGGGCCAACUGUCUCCCCAAUUGACAGAGAAGUGGGCUUGGGAUAGACAGCGCCCCUUCCCACCUACUUCUCCGGACUGGCCCAGGUUCGAAAUGAGGGAUUUGGUGGAUCCUGUUAGGACUUCUAAGUUGUAAAUAAU